AUGGACGACAGCGAACUCAGCAUCAACGCCCAAGACGUCGAACGACUCACGCCCCGCGAAAAGCAGGAGCUGCAGGUCUUUCUCCAAAGCGAGUCGCAAAAGGCCCAGGUCCAGAAACAAAUCCACGAAUUGACCGAGCUGUGCUUCAAGAAGUGCAUCACGGGCUCGAUAUCCUCGGGCAAACUGGCCGGCAAGGAAGAGUCGUGCAUGACAAACUGCGUCAACCGCCUGUUUGAUUCGAACAUGGUGAUUCUGAAACAUUUGGAGGCGUUGAGGGCGAGUCAAUAA